AUGGGUAAUCAAAUUGUAUGCCCCUCCGAUAUGGGGUGGUAUCAAGAUGAUUUAACAAAGCUUGACAUACAGGUUGAGAACAGUAUAUACGAUGGAACCUUUAUGUUGAGCUUCAAAGCUUUUAAUACAAAAUUAAAUAAAGACAUUGCAGUGAAAGCGUUUCUAAUACCCGAAGAUGAUAAUGGUAUACGAGAUCAACAAGUUUUAUCUGUAAUAGAGAGUUCAAAACAAAUUUUCGAUAAAUUAAUUCGUCAAGAAUAUAAAUUAAAAGGAUGUCUCGUUGGAAAUUAUCAUUUAGCAGAUCGACAGGUAUAUCUUGUACGUCCUUAUAUUACUCAUAGCCUCCAAUCUCGAAUGAAUGAUUAUCCCGAACUAACAAACAUCGAAAAAGACUGGAUUGCAUAUCAGAUUAUUCGUGCCGUCCAAAAUAUUCAUUCAAAUGGAUAUAUCCACGGCGAUAUUAAGCCAGAAAAUAUUUUAUUAACUGAUAGAUUACAAGUUUUAAUUACAGAUUUCUCGCCUUACAAACCAAAAUAUUUAAGAAGAUCGCAGCCUAACUAUUUCCUCCAUUAUUUUAAUUACAACGGCUCUUCUUCAUAUAUUGCCCCAGAAAGAGUUGUAGAAAGCCUUCCGCAAACACCCGUUAGCUUGCAAUGUGCAGAUAUAUUCUCGCUUGGAUGCGUACUCGCGUUUUUAUACACCGGAGGAAGCACAAUUUUCAAUUUUACUACAAUUCAAGAUUAUGCAAACGGAGACCUCACACCAUUACAAGCUCUCGAUAGAGUCAAAGAUGAGAAUAAAAGGAACUAUAUUAAAGAACUUAUUCAACUCGAUCCAAAUUAUCGUCUUCAAGCUUUCGGACAGGUCGAUUCGUACUAUCCUCCAUGGUUUUCUAAGUUUUACGAUGCAUUUUACUCAAAUUCUGUCGACACAGUUUUUAUGGAAAAAUUAUUGCAAAUUCACGACCAAUUAGUCGAUAUUAUACCACAAGAUGACCCAGAAAGUGCAUUAAUUUACUUCAAUAUCCUUUCUGAUGUUAUUCUUUCAUCAGGAAGAGCAUUUUCUUUACUAACUUUGCUAAAUCACUACGUUAACCUUACUACAACAUACUUCGAUACGCCAAUGAAGCUUACCAGAGCUAUUCCACCUUUAUUUGAGAUUUUCGAGAGAAAAAUUACGAUUGCUGGAUUAUUUGCUUUCAAUGCCAUCAACAGCAUCCUCGAAUCCAUUGACAGCAUCCCCCAUGAAUUCUCAAACUACCAUACAGCGUUCUUGAUUCCUCGUCUUUCUUCAGUUCUCAAAAUUAGUUGGGCUUCCAGUUUCCUCUGCAACCUAUCGUCGUGGGCAAUAUCAAUGCAAAGACUAUGGCCGACAUUUUACGAGGAUUUGCGAAGAGAUGUUUCAAUUUGCGAGUAUUUAUUUAUGGUAAAUUCAAGUAUUAUCCAGUCCAAUGGCUCUAACGAAUCAGACGUUGGAUUUAUCAGGGCAUUUCUCAAGGAAUGCUUGAGAUCUGCUGAACAAUGCGCAGAUUUUCAGUUAUUUUCCACACUUUCCUUCUUCUUUUUGCCACUUUUGACUACUGCGAUAUUCUUUUCUGACAUUGUCGAUGUAAUUUACGCGUUUUACUGCAAUUUUGACGCAAAUUCAAAAUUGAGAUUUUAUGAUAAUCUUCAAGACCCACUUUUCAACGCGAUUUUCUCUCAUGAACCAGAUGAGAACAACACAGUUGUCCUUUUCACAGCCUAUUUGAAGAUUUUGAAGAUGGAACCGCAACCAUUUUACGUAAGUACGAUUGCAACUCAUUCCUUGGCAUGGGUGAACCAUCCAAACCCAGCGAUAUCGAUUGCGGCCAAAAUUGUUUCAGAUAAUUUGCCAAUAAUGUUCAGAAAAUUAAAUACGGCAAAUUUAAUUGUUCCGCUCGGUCCUCUUAAAAUGUCGAACAAUGCAGCACCUGUUAAGUCUCAUUCCAAGCUAAAUGCUCGCUCAAUGACAUUAAAUCAGAUAUCUCAAAUUCAAACACGUAAAAUUCACUCAAAGAGUCAAUGGGUAAAUGGAAAUAAGUCAAUUACUGCCAGAGAAAGGUCCGAUGCUGCUUACAGGCAAGAUUCGAAGUCAUUAUUCAUUGCAUCGAAGAAAUUAGACGUAAUGAAGAUAACUGAUGUAUUCUUUUCUAAUGAAAACAAUAUAUUAGCUAAAGUAGGCGAUAGUUUGUUGGUUAGCGUUGAAGUUUCUAAAGGAAAAAUCAACAUUCUCCAAAAUUUCCAACAUUUUUGUCCGAUUUCUACAAUUGCAAGAGUUCAUGAUAAUUCAUAUGUCUAUGCUGAUGCUGAAAACAUAUAUUCUUACGAUUGCGAUCGCAUGAAACUCAUCAAAAAGACUUCAAACCAGAUAAAUGGAAUGAUUGCAUUGAAUUCCGAUCAAAUGGCACUUUUUUACAAAGAUUCGAAUUCUGUUGAAUUUUUUGAUAUAAAAAGUGAGUCGUUGAUACGAAAGAUGACAUGCAGUGAGUCAUGUGUAUCAUCUGUUGCCACAUUUGAAGACAUUCCUUUCAUUUUCACCACAGAUUUACUUGGAAAUGUAAAUGUAUUCGAUACAAGAGUCGAACUGCCAGUUAUGCACAAGCAAAUCAAUGGGGCAUACAAUAUUAUUCCUCUCUGCAAGGAUACUCUUAAGUUUGCUGUUGUAGGAAACGAAAUUGUUUCUGUCAGUUCAAUGGAAUCGGACAAUUCCUUGGUCGACAUCAUCGGCAGCCACGGUGCUGUAUGUAAUGAUGGUCAGGCAAUCGUUAUCUGCUCGUCAACAGGUACAUACUACGUAAGUAGCGAAGAUCCAAAUAGCUCAUACUCUUUGUUCGAAGGAGAGCAGCCUGUGAAGCUAAAUUACAGCGAUUUGACCAAUUACAUCACUCUUCCAAAGACUCUCAACAGAUCUCUCCAUAAUCAUUCGUUUUUGGUUGAAUCUGUUGUUUCCAGGGAUAAUGUCGUCUGUUCUGGAGAUAUAAAUGGCAUUAUGAAUAUUUGGUCUCCGAAUUUUACGCUUGAUUGA